CCAUCCGAUACGUGUACUGGAUGUUCUGUCAAAAGUAUCUUAUCAAACAGCAUACACUGACCUUCACCCUGAUGUCAUCAUAGUCCCUUCUACUCCACCUGCGGGCUCGAGUCAGCGAGACGCCAGCUGCAUACCGCUACCGGAGUCAAAGAGAAGUGGAGUCAUCAUCUGUCCUCACCCAUUGGUUGAGGAUAAAUAUGUAUCCCAGGUUUUAUUGUCGCAUCAGCUAUGGGAAAGAGAUUUAAUCCAUGCAAUGGAAGACGCUUUAAAGCAAGACCCCAACAUGAUGCUGUUUGACGUUGGCUGUAACAUUGGUGUGUAUACCGUAUGGGCAGCGGCGAUGGACAAGCAGGUCGUGUGCGUUGAGAUGGUCUUGGCAAACGUCCUUAGGGUUCAGAUGGCUCUUGCACUCAGCAACCUCAGCAGUCACGUGACCAUCGUCAACAACGCCCUCUACAGUGAUCAUAGAGAACUGGAGAUCAAAUUCUACAAAAACAGCAACGGCCAAUCUCGCCUCAACUCUUCAAAAGUGUACACCCCAGAACAAUGGGACAACUCUCGCGCUGGGUUUAAAGUCAAGACAAUCUGCAUCGACGACUUAACUCCCCUUAUGUCGGGGAAACCCGUCUUCAUAAAAAUGGACAUUGAGAACACGGAGCAAUUCGCGCUGAUGUGUGCGCACCGUUUCUUUAAAGCUGUUGACGUGCGCAUUGUGCAGAUGGAGUGGGUGGUGCAUGUGGAUGCCGAGAGUGCACCAAUUCUAGACUUCAUGCGCGUCCACGGAUAUGCAUCAUCAAGCAGUAGCAAAUCAUAUCGGCCGUUAUCUCUUGCACAGUAUAGCGGAGACGUGUAUUUUUUGAAGAAAUCUUUUUUCAACAUUUAGACUAGUUGAUUGGCAACUGUGGUGCAGCAUAUGCAAGUCGUACGCGUACGCACUUUUUAAAAAAAACAUAUCACCCUCGCAUAAAAAAAACACACAAGGGACACACUAACACAACAAAUCCACACAGACGAAAUCGCACUGACGUGCACGACUAAAGCCACACACGGAAACGCACACGCACACGCCAAACAAAACACGCUAACGUAUACACAUGUACACACAUACAUUUAUUUAUGUUUUGAUCGCUGUAUUUUAAAAUAAAGAUUUUCGAGCCUUCAGUUUAUUUAGACAUUCGUCAAACAUCCUAUCGUCAGUUAAAGAGAUUUAUUAUGUACCAUAUUUCUUGUAUAUAGGUACAGUGUCAUCACUAGGUUUUAUUAAUGAAAUAGAAAUAGUAUUAUAUAUUAAAUUGCUAUAGCUUAAUGCUUAUUUUGGGGGUUAUAUCCAACAAGAAUGUUCAGAUGUUCAAAAUCUUUUUCGAGUGGGGACGCACUUUUUAUAAAAUGUGACUACUUUGUAAUUAGAAAGUCAAAUUAGAAAGGAAAUUAAUAAACGCCAAAAUAAAAUUUUCUAGUAUAAUUGUAAUUUAGGUUAUUUUUUUUAAUAACUGUUUUAAUUCGAUUGGUGAAAUACUUUGCUAUUAUCUAGCCUCGAAUUUCGCGGUUUAGCUUUUGUUAACGCAAACUUUAUUUAUGUCAUUCUCAACAUUAAUUAGUUAAUUUGUUUUGUUUUAAUUGUGUGAGCAAUUUUUCAUUAAACAUGUUACAUGCCGCCAUUCCACUAAUCCCAGAAUUCAUCGAUAAUACUGGCAACAUAAUGGGAAGCAAAAAUAGCUUACGUGUCAAUGCAGUUUCCUCUUCUUUCAAAUUCGGCAAUAACGCCGCACUUCUUUUUCUAGAGAUUCCAUAUGUACAGAAUCCUCUUUCAAAUUCGUAGUAUCUCACACUCUGUUUCAGCUACCACACUGCAGAGACUCUCGAAUAUUGAAAUAUUUCCAAUCUUUAUUUUUCGCCAAUUUUGCAGAUUUGAUAAAAAUGCCCCGAGAUUAUUAUAAAAAGAGAUAAUAUUCGUUCAUUUUUCCUGAAGCUUCAAGUUAAGCCUAUUUCGCGGGUUAGGGUUAGACAUCUGCUAGGUAUGCUACUCUGUCCGCAACAUUUUUGAGGCUUUGUGAUCAGCAUUUUCUGCGAUAUAUAGAGAACAUAACGAUACGGACUUUUAUUGAAACAAUUUGUUUGAUGUUUUAAAUGUACAAACUUAAUUUAUUUAAAGAAGGUAAAUUUUUUUAAAAGACAUACUCGAAUGUAGAAACACAAUUUUAAUUAUCCAACCAGAAAAUUGUUUAUUGUUGCGGCAAGAACGCAAAAAACAAUGACGUCACAUGUAACAUGUGUAAACUAAGUAAAGUACACAAAACUAAUGGCGUCAUCUUCAGAUUUUAGAAUAUGAAUAACGAACUAUUUUAUUCAAAUUUAAUUUAGAACUACGGUUCUUCUUAUUAAGACAUACGCUAUGAAAUGUAUACAACUUUAUCGGCCAUAAGUAAUACAAAUUACUUUUUAAAAUC